AUGUAUCAAUGUAAUUUAAUGUUUUCAAUGUAAUUUAUCUGAUAAACAUACAUGUCAUUUUUAACAUAUUCAUGCAAUUCACUGUUAAUACACUUGCAGUACUGAAAUCUGCCAACAGUAAAAAGUUAUAGCCGCUUUCAAUUACUGUUUGUAAACAGAUAAAAUCGUAUAAUUUUAAAACGUGUGCAGUGUAUCAAAUUUUACAAAUAAAGUAUUGUAGACGAGAUUAAAAUUUGUAAGAUGAGUCGUAAAGAGGCAUUAUCUCAGUUUAUUCAACAAAUUCAUGGACGUCCUGUUGUUGUAAAACUAAAUAGUGGCGUAGAUUAUAGAGGUGUUUUAGCUUGUCUUGAUGGUUACAUGAACAUAGCACUUGAACAAACAGAAGAAUAUGUAAAUGGUCAAUUAAAAGAUAAAUAUGGUGAUGCUUUUAUUCGUGGAAAUAAUGUAUUAUAUAUCAGUACACAAAAGCGUAGAACUUAACUAAAAAUAAAUAUAUAAUUCGUA